CUGACGUGGAUCUGGGUCCAGCAGCCCAGCCGGGCGCGCGGUGGAGUGCCGGGGUGCGGCUGGGCUAGUGGAGCCGUGGCCCAGCCGGGAUGGCGACGCCGAUCGCUCCGCGCCGUGGAGCCGGCGCUACCGGCCGGCGCUGGUUGGUGCUGCUGCCGCCCCUGCUGCUGGCGGUGCUGCUGCCGCGGCCCGCGGCGGCCCUGGUGGAAGGGCUCUACUGCGGCACGCGGGACUGCUACGAGGUGCUGGGGGUGAGCCGCACGGCGGGCAAGGCGGAGAUCGCGCGGGCCUACCGCCAGCUGGCUCGGCGCUACCACCCCGACCGCUACCGGCCCGAGCCCGGCGACGAGGGCCCCGGACGGACGCCGCAGAGCGCGGAGGAGGCCUUCCUGCUGGUGGCCACCGCCUACGAGACUCUUAAGGAUGAAGAAACUCGAAAAGAUUAUGAUUACAUGCUGGAUCACCCAGAAGAGUACUACAGCCAUUACUACCACUACUACAGCAGGCGCUUAGCCCCUAAAGUGGAUGUGAGAGUUGUGAUCUUGGUCAGUGUGUGCGCUAUUUCAGUGUUUCAGUUUUUCAGCUGGUGGAACAGCUACAACAAGGCAAUCAGCUACCUGGCCACAGUGCCCAAGUACCGUAUCCAAGCCAUGGAGAUUGCCAAGCAGCAGGGAUUGCUGAGAAAAGCCAAAGAGAAGGGCAGAAACAAAAAGUCCAAAGAGGAAAUUCGUGACGAGGAGGAGAACAUCAUAAAGAACAUUAUAAAAAGUAAAAUAGAUAUAAAGGGAGGCUAUCAGAAACCCCAGUUCCGUGACCUUCUCCUGUUUCAAAUUCUCUUAGCUCCCUUUCACCUGUGCUCAUAUAUAGUCUGGUAUUGCCGGUGGAUCUAUAAUUUUAACAUCAAAGGCAAAGAAUAUGGGGAAGAAGAAAGACUAUAUAUCAUACGUAAAUCUAUGAAGAUGUCAAAGUCUCAGUUUGAUAGUCUAGAAGAUCAUCAGAAAGAAACUUUUCUUAAACGGGAGCUUUGGAUAAAGGAGAAUUAUGAGGUCUACAAACAGGAACAAGAAGAGGAACUAAAGAAAAGACUGGCAAAUGACCCUAGAUGGAAGAGAUACAGGAGGUGGAUGAAGAAUGAAGGGCCCGGACGGUUAAUGUUUGUGGAUGACUGAAGAUUGCUGGAAUGCUACUAUGCCAAACCUUAAUUGUGAUACUAUUUUCAUAACUGAAUUAUUUUAGAAAUGUACUGACUGUUCCUCAGCAGUAACUAAAAUUCCUCAAGUAUUUGAUUAAACAGAAUAAUGUAGAAAUUUAAACUUUCCCUUCAAACUUUAUACAUAAGACAUUUAUGAUUGUUCAAUUUUUAUAAUCAAUUUGUGGAUUUUGUUAAAAGACUUGACAUGAAGAUUUAUUAGUUGCCAUUUAAAAAUUUUAUAUGUUUGGUUAAAAAAUUUGACAUGAAAAUUUAUUAGAUACCAUUUAAAAUUUUUGCGUGUUAAGUGUUUAUUCUUCAAAAGUGUUUCCUUAUUUUGUUAUAGUGCUACAUUUUUCUGCUUUCGUGGCCUCUAAUAGUUUCACAAAACAUAAAAAUUAUAACAGCAUUUAAUUACACUUUUGAGUGUCUUUCUAGACACAGACUUCUUCAGCAAAAUGAUUCAACUAUCAUGUCAUCUUUAUGACAGUCAUUAUAGGUUUGAAAUAUGUUCAAAAUAUCUCUCAAGGAGAGUCUUCUGCUGGACUGUCUUUAUAAUAUCUCCCCCCCAGUCAUAAUAUUCUUACUGAGAUCAGAAACUCUCCAGGAGAGUGACUCUACCUUCAUGUCCUUGUAGGAUGAGCUUGAUUACAGUCAUUAUAGGACUAUAAGUGUAUUCUCACACAUUUCUCCAGAAAGAACCUUGUAAGAAGGUCUUUCGUACCACAGUAUUGCUUUUUUACCCCACUUCAAUUAAAAAAAAAAAAAGAGCAGAAAUAGUGUCAUGAAAAGUUCAUAUAUUGUGAAGUCCUUGAGUGGUGAAAAAUCCAUUUUAUGUGAGCAUAUUGACAUGCAUAUAAACCAGAAAGAAGAGGUGCAUGGCUGUGUGCUGUUCUAUCAAACAAUGAAAUGUAAAUGUUUUAUACGUGUGAAAGUGAAAGUAAUUCACACGUAAUUUGACUGAAUCAAGUAUGAUACUGCAGCAAAGUAUUGAAACACAUUCAUGGUAGUGAAUCAAUACUCCUGUUAAAAGACAUAUCCCAGUCCAUCAUAUUAAUAAAACGGUUGCAAUAUAUCACAAGUUUGUUGGUAUGACAUUUUAAGUCAAAGAUUAACAUAUUGCUUUUUGUAUUAUAUAAUUGUAAAAGACGUAGCAUAAAAGUGUAGCAUAGUAGCUAUGCAGACUCUGUUUCUACUCAAAGUAAACUAGUCCUUUCAGGAGCUCAGCCCAAAUAUGUGACACAUACAAAGAUGCAGGAGGGAAGAGUUCCAUCCUUGCUAAUACAGCAAAAGGCCUGAGGUGGGUUAUUUAGCCUGUGAGUGAAGGCCUCAAUUGCUCAUUAGAAAAUUAGGGGAGGAGUUUGACCAGAUUAUCACUAAGGCCUUUUGCAGCUUUAAAAUUCUGAAAUUAUAUAAUAUUUAUAUUUUUGUAAACUUGAGAUGAAAGUGUUUUAUGCAUCCAUUCUUUUUUGGGAGGGUGGAGAAAUUACAGUGCUAAAUUGUAGCAAGCUGUGCUUCAAACCCCAAAUGCCCAACUCUACACCGUAGGUAAAUGCCUUUGAAAGGUGCUGUGGUUGCAGUCAGUAACCCCUGUCCCAGUGAAGAUGUCACCACACACGUGCCACACAACAGCAUUAUCACCUAAGAUUAGACGUGGGUACCAUAUGUUAUGCAGACCAGAAAGAAACGGAGGCUCUUGCCCUUCUGUUAAAAUUUCAAAUAAAUUUGUGAUUAACUGUAUUUCAAAAAAACCUAGUGAUAAGGAAAAACAGGAGGACUGAAUAUGUUAGCAUUCAUAAAGGUUGGCUGAUAAAAACCAUGUAUCUUUGGAUAUUAUUUUGCAUAUGUGCUAGAUUGCUGUAUUUCUGUCUUUAUAUAGAAGUCUCAUUUCUGGAAUUGUUCCUGGCAGCCUGCUCACUUGGUAAAAGUUUGGUUGGUCUUUUGGAAUCAUGGUCAUCAUAUGGGUGAGAUGAAUGGAUUCGCCUUAACGGAAGGACUAUGAUUCUUUUCUCCCCUUCUCUCAACAAAAUGGCUUUAUGCUUCAAAAUCCUGGAGGAAAGGAAGGGCAAUUAGUUGUGUCACAAGUGUCAUUCACGUAUUUUGGGUAUCUUUACUAUCUCCAUACUCUGCCAAUGCCCCACCAAAGAACCAAAAGCUUCUCCAUUUCAGAAACACUUGGAGAAGAAUCCUGGGCAGGGGAUCCCAGAACCCCACUAUAGUUAGAAGAUUUCUCUUGUGCUUCAUUUGAGGGCUAUCACCAUUUCCUCCUUGCUUGGAAUUCAGGGGUUUAUAGAGCAUAGCUGCUUAUUGCUUUCUAUUGUCACUUCCUAUAAUUGAGGUCUGUGCUAAAAUUACCCUUAGGGUUACUUACAUUCAUGUCAAAUAUCCUCAGAGCAGUUUCUAAAACUGACCCUUCCCUCACUGGUCUUAUUUCUUUAUGAAUUCUCCAAGUUCUACAAAUCCUGGGUUGCAGUUUCAUAACAUAUCUAUCAAGUAGGGGCCAUGCGUAGAAUUUUAAACACUACAAGUGGUAUGCAGAAAUUUUAAAUGUUACAUGAAAAAAUAGUUCAGUUUAUAGAAUUAGCUAUUUUAGUACUACUGAAUUUAUGUUUAGAAAAAUAGUAGUUUUACUUCCUUUGAGAUUCUUUGUUUUUUUUUUUUGGACUGAAAUGGCAGGAAACUUUUAACACCCACACCUUGGAAAUAUUUCCUCGAGUAGAAGCCAACUGCUAAGCUAACAUGCAGCUAGUAUUAUGGACCAGUGUGCCAGCCCCACCGAAAGUUCUGUGGAAAUUAAAGAGAAAUAGCUUUUCUUAGACAUUAGUAUGAAUAGGUCUAGCCACUUAAAGACUUUAAAUCAGACAUGGUCUCUGUUGAGUUAUAAUUGUGCAAUUGAGGCAGAUAAAUGUUGGUAUUGAUACAAAAUAGUUGUGUACGGAUGACUUUCUUUUUCUUUUUUAGCUGCGGCAUGCGGACUUCUUAGUUGUGACAUGUGAACUCUUAGUUGUGGCAUGCGU